AUGAGCGACGACAACAACAGCAACAGAAGUGCUCGCGGUGAUGAGCAGCUUGGAGGGCAGGCGGACAACAGCAGGCGGCCCAAGUCUGGCGCAGUGAGCAUGGACGCCAUUACAUCCCUCACUGUGCGUGAGCAGGUGGAUGCAUUGGCGCAGGCACUUCUGCGAGAGUUUAUGCACCGCCGCGGUUACACAAAAACACUGCAGAAAUUUGAUUGUGAGUGCCCACGCGAUGAACGGACGAUUGCCUCACGACAAUUGAUGCGGCAGCUGCUGGAGAUCCCCUCGCAUGCGUUUCCCUCACGAUUGAGUGGGGAGGGCGGCACACACAAUACGGCCGUGAUCAUCGCCUCAGGUGAAGGGGAGGCAAAUAACGAAGAGAAGAAGAGCAAGAAGAAAAAAAAGAAGGUGGCACCAACGUACAUGGAAGAGUUAUGCUCCUACCGUCUACAGAAGCGGGAGGUGAAGCAACGGCGGCAACACGAAGAGGAGAAAAAGGGAGAAACAGGAGAAGGAGCGGAGACAACGACUAUAAUAGACCCCAGUGAUGCAGAGAUGGAGGAGUGGCGGGCGGCGGCGGUAGAAAAGGAGCGCCGCAUUGCGGAGGCACGCGAGCGUCAUGAGCAGCUGCUUCGCGAGCGACGUGAGCGAAAGCAGCAAAAAAGGGAGAAGCGAAAAAAGAAGCAGGAAAAGAAGGAAAAGAAACAAAGGGAAGGUGAGGGAAGUCGUCAUCACAUCCAUGAGGAGGAUGAGGGUGACGGUGGCGAUGCGACGGUAAAUUCUCAUAAUUCCGUGCCACACCGUUAUGGGAAGCGCCGCUCACGCCUGGAUGAUGUCAGCGACAGCGACGACGACGUACUGCAGCGUCCCAUGAGUGGAAAGGCUGUCGCAGUUCCGCACAAGAGCCAUAGAAACGGUAGUGGGGACAGUGUUGAUGAAGGCGUUGACGGUGCUGGCGCACGCGGCGGUCUUGCGGAGCCGGAGUUUCUCCUUGGCCGGAUGGAUAAGCGGAGGGAGCAGCGUCCAACAGGGCAUACGGUUGGCUCCCACUGGACACCGUGCGGCGGCAACGUGACGGAAGUGCUGGGGCCGGGCCGCGCUGCACUGUUUGGCCCCGAUACUCCCAUGCCGUCACCGUCCGUGACGGAUUCCCUCAGCCCUAGUGUGAACUCCGAGAGACCGCCCGCUUUCUUCCUGGGCGAAGGGAUGUCGAUCAUGUCGGAGCGGAUGCAGGCGGCAAAGCGACUGAGCGCAUUGGAGGACUGCCGUCUGCCGCUGUCAUCGCCGCCACCGCCAGCACCGUCCACGUCGCCGUUGAGGAAACCCGCAUCCACAAUUUGGGGGAGCGGCGGCGGCGGCGGUGGUGGUGGUGGGAGCCGCACUAUGCGGGGGGGUGCCGGUUUCACCUCGUCUCCGGCGUCGAAUGUGUGGUCGAGGUCCUCGUCGCGUGAGGGCAGCCCCGGGUCGGCCAUGCCUACUUUCCACUACACCACGGCAGGGCAGCACAUGAUGAGCCUCAGCUCCAGCGGCCGCGCGCACAGCCCUCCGCUUUCGUUGGAUGGCUCGGUGUCCGUCACGAUGCCACCGCCACCGCCAACGAGUGGCAUUUUGAAGACAUCGUCGUUGUAUUCGUCGGGGAAUCGCGGGUUUGACGGGAAGGCCCAGCCCGCAAGCAGCGCCAUGCGGAAAGACGACACGAACACCACCGAUAAGAAUGGUGACGGAGCAAGUGGGGAGAAAAAAGGCAGUGAACGCGAACAAUCGUCAGGACGGAAGAACCGCAAGGUAACCAUCCUAGUGGAUUGA